UCAUAAAUGAAAUCCAAGAGGUUUUCGCCAGCGGUGGUAUCCACUUCAAGAAUCAUUUAGUAAAAAUAAAGUUCAGAUGCUUCAUAGCUGAUGCUCCGGAUUGAUUCCUUGGAGGUUUUCCAAGAGUUUGAAGAAGAUCCUGAAAGACAACGAUCUCUAAGAUACUAUCUUAUUAACGUUGGUGGUGUCACAGCUAGAGAUGCUCUUAACCAAUUUCUGAAGGAAGCCAUGACGGAUAGCCUAACACAAAAAUUCUCUUGGACUGGAAAGUCUGUUUCAGAUAAAGAGAAUCUCCAACCGUUAUUUAAUACCUGUAUCGAAAAGGUAUUUUUUGAUGCCUUACGUGAGUGUCGAACAAUACCACAGCCACAUGAUAGUACAGAAUUUGCGAGACUGAUGCAAGAGGCAAUUCGGGGCGCACAAAAAAGAUUGCGGGAUGCAAAACGACGUGCCAAUCGCUCUGUCCAUGUGGAGGGUCGCAGACAAAAAUAUAUGGCUGAAAUGGCUCAUCGUUACGAGGGUGAACACCCAGGACAAUGACACUGCGGAAUAAGAGACCCACAAUUUGCCUAUUAAAGAUCCUACGUGUAUUCAAACAUACGUACCUAUGUACUUUGUUUGACUAAGAAAUAUUUUAGUACGUAUAGCUGUGAUGUUAGUUUUUAUGUUUAUGCUCAAGCAUAGUAUUUAUAAUUGGUACUGCAGCUGUGAUAUCCACAAGUGACAUGUAACUAUAUGUUUUCCAAUGAAAUAUUAUACCUAUAUCAACAAAUGCGGCGGGUUUGUACAAACAUAGCUAUAAAAUAGCUAACAUUUAGAUACUGUAGACCUUUUGGUAUCUGGUAUAAAUUUUAGUCUUCUGACAUUUAUAUAAAGUAUUAAUUUUUAUUUUUUGAUUUCAAAUACUUCAUUAUUAUCUACUAUUCUACUCAUUUGAUAUCAGUUUAUCAAUACUAUUAUAAACUGUAGUUGAUAAUUUUAAGCUACAACGUAUAAAACAUAUUUAUAUUAAUAACUGUACAACGGUAGAAGAGACCCUCUCUUCUAGUCUUGUUGUAGACAUAGAUUUGAAAGUCAGUGUUUUUCUUGUUCAUUUUUGCUCGCCAGUAACUGUAACACGUUUAUAACUAAUUAUCUUUAAGUAAAAGUAAAAAAUAUGUAAACUUAUAUUAUACCUAUAUAUAUAUAUGG